UUUCUAGCUAGAGGAUCAGCUCUGGCGUCACUUUCGGUAGCAGCCGCGCAACGGAAACGACCGUCGCUUGAAAACGUUUUAAGCAGCUCUAAAGCUGCGUAAGUAGCGUUUUAUUACACAUUCAAAUACGGAGAUUAUCCAACACAACGGAGGAGUUUUAAAAUGGCUCCUUCGUAAAGGAAAAGAGGGAGAAUAAGGGAUUUAGUCGUUGUCGCUGUCCUUCCUGUCCAGCCCUUUGUUUUUCCCCACUGCUGUGCUUGUGGAGGCGACCAGUAGCGCCCUCGCGCGAGCUAACAGAGAAGAGAUCGAGGAUAGGGAGCCAAGCGAGCGGCCGAGCCUCUUGCAUCCAGAGCGACGUGGGUCCCCCCAGCUCAGUUGUCCGAUGCGGAGUGAGGAUGAGUCCCGCUCUGGAAGCCCUCAUGCAGGCGGACGGGACUCCUUUUCCCGGAAAAGGGGUGAUGCUUGAGCCCUUCGUGCACCAGGUGGGAGGCCACUCCUGUGUGCUCCGGUUUGGGGAACAAACUAUAUGCAAACCGCUCAUACCGCGGGAGCACCAGUUCUACAAGAGCCUUCCUCCGGAGAUGAGGAAGUUCACCCCUCAGUAUAAAGGUGUAGUGUCAGUCAGUUUCGAAGAAGAUGAGGAAGGGAACCUGUGCCUCAUCGCCUACCCCCUCCACAGUGAAUCUGGGGACCUGGAAAACAAAGAUCCCUCGGCAGACUGUGAGCCCAAGAGCAAGAUGCUGAAGUUGAGCAACAAGAAGCAGUCCUCGUUGCUUCUGGAGAACGACAACUACAGCAAAGACAGAGCACGAAACAGCCGUAAAGAAGACAAGAUCAUGAGUUAUAACCGUGAUGAGAUGCAGCAGCAGGCCGAGGUUCUCUACUUCAGCCUGGAAAAGGGCAACGUUGUGCCACAGAUCAAACACAACCCCUGGAGUCUCAAAUGUCAUCAGCAGCACUUACAAAGGAUGAAGGAGAAUGCAAAGCACCGUAACCAAUACAAAUUUAUUCUUUUGGAGAACCUGACAUGGCGCUACACUGUACCGUGUGUCUUAGACUUGAAGAUGGGAACUCGCCAACAUGGAGAUGAUGCAUCAGAGGAGAAGAAAGCCAAUCAGAUUCGCAAGUGUCAACAGAGCACAUCUGCUUCUAUUGGAGUGCGACUUUGUGGCAUGCAGGUGUACCAGUCAGACUCAGGCCAGCUGAUGUUCAUGAAUAAGUACCACGGCCGUAAAUUGACCCUUGCCGGCUUCAAGGAGGCGCUCUAUCAGUUCUUCCACAAUGGGUGUCGCCUACGGCGAGAGCUGCUGUCCCCAGUGCUGCGCAGACUCCGGGAAAUGCAAGCUGCCUUGGAGGCCUGCGAGUCUUACCGCUUCUACUCCAGCUCCCUGCUCAUCAUCUAUGAUGGAAACCCUCCCAGGACUCGUACUAGACCCAGACACCGUGGUGGGGAAGAAGGUGAUGAUGAUGAGCCAUCUGAUGAUGAUGAUGAAGGGGAGGAGGAGGAAGAGGAAGGGGCCUUUGGUUUCCCUCGAUCUUCCUCAGCAGGUGGCGGUGCUGGUGUGGCCGGAGGGAGCAGCAACAGUGGCAGCAGUCGCUCCUCCCACAGCACAGGAGAGACCAAGAGCCCCGCGGUAGACGUGCGCAUGAUUGACUUUGCUCACACUACCUGUCGGCACUAUGGAGAGGACAGUGUGGUGCAUGAAGGCCAGGACAGUGGUUUCAUUUUCGGCCUCCAGAACCUGAUAACCAUUAUCUCCGAGCUGGAGGAUCACAGUACUGAUUGAGGCUGGACUGAAUUGAACAUGGUCUAAAUUUACAGCAUGGGAAGAGCUCACUGAAACCCUGCUACUCAGAGGUGCAUCGCCCUUACGCCUACUUGGGGGUCUGACACUUCUCUUCUUGGAAGGAACAUCAGACACCUCGGGGUCAGGGGAGAGUCUGUGGUUGUUCCCACGCUCUCCCUCACCUGACAGAGGACAGGGCGUCCUGUGCCCUUACUUGCACUUUUCUCUUUCUGGGACUGCUCCUUUUCUUUGUUAUACAUAGUAGGGGAGACGUUGUAUGAGACGGCGGUCGUUCAACAAACACAGGGACUCCUGUAGUACCCUAGGACCGACCUUCCCCUCUCCUCCUCUGGUACAGACGAGUUUCUUUAUUGUUAAGUUCUCUCUGAGAGAGAAAGCGAGAUAAUUGAACCUCAAGUGUAGUUCUAGGAGCCAGGACGUGGUGCUUUACCUGUGAUAUGACAUACGGUUUGUUUUGGGGGGGGGGGGGGGGGGGGGAUGAAUUUUGGACUGACGGUCCUAAACAGCACAUUACUUGUGGGGAAGUUGACUGUACAAGCUGACCGUGGCUGGCUAGGUCUGUACCUUUUUGUAGCAAUUGAAAACUUAAGCUUCGGAGAAGGACAUUUUCGGUUAUUAUUGGAGUCUCUUCAGACCCUUGCAACAAACAUGGUUUUUAUGUCCACCGGGAACUCGUAUUUACACUUUUGGUGGAAGAACAAGAUUAUUUUGGUCUAGAAGAAGGGAUUUUCCUUUUUUCAACAGUUGCCUCUCCUUGUACUUUUUUGCAUAUAUACAAAAUGCUUUUUGAGGGGGUAAUAUCCUUGUUUUGUCACUGUCCUUGUUGUCUGAUUUCUCCUCUUCAUUCCUGAAACUUUGACUAAACAAAGAGAAUAUAUUAAUUAAAAACACUAGCUACAAAGACUAUAUAGAGAUUAUUUUAUUUGAAAGGAUUGUUUAAAAAAAUAAAUAAAAUGGAAACUGCUACAUUCCAUACUACCACUCUUAUCUGUUCUGAUACCAACUUUGAUUUAUUUUAUUAUUGCAAGAGACAAUGGUUCUCUUGUAUACCUGUGUGUUAACAGUGUCUUGACAAAUAAAGGCAUUCAUUUGUUGUAAAAA